AUAGUCCGCGAGUCAAGUAUGGAUAGAAUGUCUUCAAGCAUGACAUCCAGCGUGACUGGCAUGGGACUUGGAGGGAUCACUGGAUUAACAACUGGAAUAAGUACUCUUACCUGCAUGAGAGAACCGCAGGUUACAAUUGGAGGCAUGCCUACCAAUUAUGUACCAGGAUUGUCUGCCAAUUACAAUAUUUCGAGUUUUUGUCAACGUCCAGGGCAAAGUCGUCGUUGGCCAACGGCUAGAGCUGGUCCUACAGCUCAGCAUAUACCUGGCCGUUCUCAUAGCGCUGGUGCUUUACAUCGGCUAAAGCAUUCGUCGAGAAAUAGCCCGAAUACACAAUAUGCUCAUAACCUUAUCUGUAAACUUGCUGAUCAAAAUGAACGUCGACGUCGUCAAGACACAUUGGAGCUAAUUCCCCAAAGUUACUAUUCCCAGCAACCGCUUAAAGUCGAACUCACUGAAUUUUAUUCCCGAGAUAAUGGCAAAGACCACCAUACAGAUCAAUAUGAGUUAGUCAAUGAUACCGUCCUUCCUAAUCCAGUUCUAAGGAGAGGUCAGAAUUUUUUUUUUGCAGUUCGUUUUGAUAGGAUCUGUGACAAACAACAGGAUGCUAUUCGUAUAGUUUUCUGCCUAGGUCCUAAGCCGAGCGUUACGAAAGGAACUCGUGUUGUGUUACCUGUUAAUUGGAACACUCAACAAGGCGCUCUUCAACACUCUCGAGAUGUUAUAGGAUUGGCUCGUUUGCAAGAUACUAGUACAACUACUACACCAAUGCCUCCUAUAUCAACAGUAGCUACGGUGGGACCUAUUACCAGCAUUCGUGAAACUACUACUUAUGGCGUUCGUCGUAGCUCUUUUAGUAACGAUGCAUUACCAUUACAGCAUAGUCCACUGAGCCCACAUGGAGCCUGUGAGAGGCCUGUUAUAGAACGUUAUGUCGCAACUACACAACAUUCUACAUUAGGACGCACUUAUGGAUCUCGACCUGCAUCUAUGCAAAACCUGGCGUCCAUAGCUAAUGAAAUGGAUAAAUGGGAUAUCAGUGUUCAACGCCAGGAUGGAGAUACUAUUACAUUUCAAGUACACAUACCAGCAUCUGCUCCCGUUGGAGUAUGGAAUUGCUGGAUACAAACGCAACGGGUUGGACAGCGUGAUAACCGCCACGACUAUAAAUGUGAUGAAGACAUAUAUAUCCUUUUUAACCCUUGGUGCCGCGAAGAUACAGUUUUUAUGGACAACGAUGCUUUACGGAAGGAAUAUAUACUUAACGAACAAGGAAAAAUUUGGUGUGGCACAUGGCGGCAACCUAAAGGACGUAAAUGGAUUUUUGGUCAAUUCGAUGAUGUUGUAUUACCAGCUUGCAUUUAUUUACUAGAACGCAGUGGUCUGGAACAUUCAGAACGCGGCAAUCCUAUUCGUGUUACAAGAGCUAUUUCUGCAAUGAUUAAUGCAAAUAAUGACGACGACGGUUUAAUGGUUGGUCGAUAUGAUGGUGAAUAUAAGGAUGGUGUUGCACCUCACGCAUGGACCGGAUCUGUUGCUAUUCUGGAGCGUUAUUUGAUGGAUGGCGGUCGACCUGUUGAGUACGGACAAUGCUGGGUAUUUUCAGGCCUAGUCGUAACUAUUUGUAGAGCACUAGGUAUUCCAUGUCGAUCAGUCACGAAUUAUGUAUCAGCGCACGAUACAAGUGGAACAUUCACGGUUGAUAAGUUCUUUGAUAAAGAUGGAAAUGAAGUACCAAAUGGCCCUGACGAAGAUUGCUAUGAUUCCUGCUGGAACUUCCAUGUUUGGAAUGAUGUGUGGAUGCAAAGACCUGACUUACCGCAAGGUUACGGUGGUUGGCAGAUAAUAGACUCUACACCUCAAGAAGCAGCUGAGUCUGUGUACAAAUGUGGUCCAGCGAGUGUUGAAGCCGUGCGUCGUGGUGAGGUUGGAUUUCAAUACGAUACACCUUUUGUAUACUCGCAACUUAACGCAGAACUGUGCCACUUCCAAGAAGAAGAAAAUUCUGAAUGGGGCUUUAUUAGAAUGGCAUCAAAUCAAUAUCAGGUUGGACGUAAAAUUUUAACCAAGAACCCGAAUCGCGAUGAUGACGAAAGUGACAGCGAUUUGUUAGAAAUUACCCAAGAAUACAAAGCCGUCGAAAGCCCAUCCCCUGACCGUCUUACUGUUAUCGCUUCAUGUCGUGGAUAUCAACGUCUGCAACAAUAUUACGAAUUUCCGGAUCGCAAUUUUGAAGAUGUUGUCUUUGAUCUGAUGGAUAUUGAUAUUGUACCUUACGGCCAACCUUUCGAUUGCACAAUGAAUAUUCAGAACAAAUCACCCGAAGAUCGUACAAUUUGGUGUGUACUAACAGCGUCCUCAUGCUACUACACUGGUGCCAUUGCAUCCCGAUUGCGUAGGUCUCAAGGAGAGUUCAUUGUCCGAGCUGGUCAACGGGAAGUGUUAAAAUUGCACGUCACACCUCAGGAAUAUAUGGAUAAAUUAGUAGACCAUUCAAUAGUAAAGGUGCACGCUAUGGCUUAUGUUAAACAAACUCGACAGGCAUGGUCGGACGAGGACGAUUUCCCAUUACAAAAACCACGAUUGCAGAUCCAGGUGAGGAGUCAGCCAACCGUAGGUCAGGACUGUGCAGUAACGUUUAGCUUCCAGAAUCCGUUGAAUGUACAUCUAACGGACUGCUAUUUCACUUUCGAAGGACCUGGUAUACAGAGACCCCGACAGAUUCGAUUCCGCGACGUAAAGCCCGGUGAGCUCGUGAAUUAUCAAGAUAAAUUUGUAGCCCAUCUUCAGGGAGAACGUCGGAUUGUGGUUACAUUUUCCUCGAGGCAGAUCGAUGAGAUCUUUGGUUCUGUCAACGUAACAGUGCGUGGCUAGCUAGCCCCCCGGCCCCAGGAGCCCCUUACGCGCUCUUCGGGGCCGCCGUCACCUCAUACACUACAAAUUGACCACAUGUACCUCUCCAUCGCCCCCGAGCAACACUUAUUUGUUCAAGAAGAGGAAGUCCUCAUUUUAAAAACUACGUAAACAUCCUCUUACGCGGUGUACUAACGAUUGCAUAUUUGACUUAUUCAUGGACUUUGAAGACCCGGCUUAGUUGAAGGUUUUAUUAUUUUUUCACAUUAGCACGACUCAUAUUAAUAAAAUACAAAAAAAAAACAUACAAACAAAACACAAAGCACCGAGUGUAUAGUUGUAAGGAUCUAAAAGUAAACCGUUGCUUCGAGUGCCAUUAUUGUUUUGAUAUAAUUGUUGUUUUUUAUAUAAGUUUUUUAAUUAUGACAUAUAAUAAAUAAGCUUAAGUUUAAU